UAGACCAAAAUGAAAUCCCAAAUUCCACUUCUCAGAGUCAGCCUCAGCCUAGGGUUUCAUCAAAUCUCUCUCCCAGGUCUGUAAAUUAGCGUAUGCGUGGAAUCCACCCGUUCCUCUUUCGAUCUGUCAAAGUUAAAAAAAAAAAAAAAUGUGCAGAUAACAUUACAGGAUUGGGCUCUAGGAAGGAAAAGGAAAAAAAAAAAAAAAAAAAAGACGGUUUGGCAUUUUUUGUUAGAGGGGGAGAGAGAGAGAGAGAGGAUGUCGAGUGGCCGAAAUACCCAUUGGUGUUAUAGGUGCAGGCGGCCUGUUUGCCUGCUUGGGCGAGAUGCAGUUUGCCCUGGCUGUAAUCGAGGAUUUGUUCAGGAACUUGAUGAUAUAAUUCACAUCAGUCCGCUAGAUUAUUUUGGAUGGGACAAUGGUGAAGAUCGUAAUCGUGGAUUUGGAGUUAUGGAAGCUAUCUCAACUUUUAUGAGGCAACGGAUGGCUGACAGAAGCAACAGACUUGAUAUCAGGGGGAGAUCUGAUUCCAUUCCUCAUCAUAACCCUGGGAUUGGUCCUUUGUUAAUCUUUGGUGGCCAAAUUCCUUUUAGAAUGUCUGGAAAUGGUGGCAUUGAAGCUCUCUUCAAUGGGACUCCGGGAAUUGGUCUGACACGGGGAAAUACUGAUGAUUAUUUUAUUGGUCCUGGGCUGGAAGAACUGUUUGAACAGCUUUCAACCAAUGACAGGCAAGGCCCUCCCCCAGCAUCGAGAUCUUCAAUUGAUGCAAUGCCCACUCUAAAAAUCUCACAUAGGCAUCUCCGUUCUGAUUCACACUGCCCUGUUUGCAAAGAAAAAUUUGAGCUGGGGUCUGAAGCAAGGCAAAUGCCAUGUAACCAUAUAUAUCACAAAGAUUGUAUAGUACCAUGGUUGGUCCAGCACAAUUCCUGCCCAGUUUGCCGCCAAGAACUGCCAUCACAAAGAUUGGUUAAUGGCCGUACCCCAAACACUCGAAUUAGAAGCAACAGUUUUGGUAGUAAUAUCAGUGGAAGGGAGACUAGCAGCAGGGAGAAUCAUGGAAGACGGAAUCGAUUUUCUUAUUUGUGGCCAUUCCACUCAUCUAGUUCCAGCUCUAACCAUAACAGAACAGCUGGAAGUAGCUCACAAACUGUGCAUGAGAAUAACCACCAGAUGGGAUUCAUGGGAUGACCAUUUUACUAAGAUAUUGUUCAAGAGCAUUAGUUGCUUUAUUUUACCUUCUGAUACCCAUAGGCAAAGAAAUUGCUUGUUGCUCACAUGGUUUUGAGACCCUGUAGUGUGCUACUCUGCUGUUUCAAGGCGAAUGAAUGGCAUUGGAUUUUGUGUUUUUCUUCUGCGUUUCGUGUGAACGUUAUUUUAGUAUUUUGUAAUUUUUUGAUGGCGAUGUGGGUCAUGGUGGUUGUUUUGAGCUUGUCGUGAAAGCUCACUCAAGGAAUGUAAAUUUAUUUUCUUUUUA